AUGACUGCAAGCGCCAGCUCCCGCAAGCUCAAGGUUGGCAUCCUGGGCGCAACAGGAACCGUGGGACAGAAUUUCUUGCUCAAGCUCGAGUCACAUCCCUACUUUGUGGUGCAUGCACUCGGCGCAUCCUCACGUUCUGCCGGUCAGCCUUACAUCAAAGCAGUGCGAUGGAAACAGGCAUAUCCCAUACCGGAAAGCGCCAGACAACUCAUCGUUCAAGAGUGCAAGGCUGUUCAGUUCAAAGAUUGCGACAUUGUCUUUUCGGGUCUCGAUCAUGAUGUUGCCGGCGAGAUAGAACAAGAAUUCUCGGAGGCAGACUUGGCCGUCUUCUCCAACGCAAAAAAUUACCGUCGCGCAGCGUUGGUGCCGCUCAUCGUGCCCCUCGUCAAUACGCAUCACCUAGACAUCGUACCUCAUCAGCGAGCGCAACACGAGCCGCCGCUCAAGAAGGGCUUCAUCGUCACCAACGCCAAUUGCUCGACGACAGGCCUCGUCGUACCGCUCAAGGCGAUAGAGGAUGCCUUCGGACCCAUCGAUCGAGUGAUCGUCAAUACUAUGCAGGCCAUCUCUGGCGCAGGAUACCCCGGUGUGCCCUCUCUGGACAUCUUUGACAAUGUCGUUCCCUUCAUCUCUGGCGAAGAGGAAAAAAUCGAAUGGGAGACCUCCAAGAUCCUUGGCGGCAUAUCCUCCGAUCUGACUUCUUUCGACCUCCGACAGAAUCAGCCGAUACGAGUCUCUGCUACAUGCUGUCGUGUACCUGUUCUCGACGGCCACACAGAAUCCGUCUCCAUCAGUUUCGCCAAGAGGCCACCGCCCACACCCGAACAGGUCGAAGAAGCUUUGCGCUCCUAUACCUGCGAGGCGCAAUCCCUAGGCGCUCCAUCUGCGCCAAAGGCAGUGAUCCAUGUACACGAAGAACCGGAUCGACCGCAACCUAGACUAGACAGAUACUUCCAAGACGGCGCAGGCGUCAAUGUCGGCAGAGUGCGAGACUGUCCCGUGCUGGACAUCAAAUUCAUCGUGCUAUCAAACAAUGUGGCCAUCGGCGCAGCGACGAGCUCUAUCAUCAAUGCCGAAGUAGCGAUGCUCAAGGGAGUCGUCUGA